UUAGCUCAUCUAAUUAGAAAACUCCACUUCAUUAUAUUUUCAACACAAAAGAAGAAGAAUUAUUGCAUGGCUGCUAAUUUACAGAAGCGUGGACUCGUGAGCUUGGGGAAGCGAUUUAUGAACCAUAUCAGCUAUUCGACUGCUCGAAAUUCUACUAACUCAUCUACUGGUCUCUCUGGCAGGAGGGCGGUGCACAUGUCAGUGUAUGACAAGAAUCCAGAGGAAUAUCUUUCCUCGGUACCCGAUGAAGUAAUCAAGGUGCAAUCAGACAAGUACUGGACUCCUCAUCCCCAAACUGGGGUAUUUGGGCCAGCCACUGAUCACAUUAUCUGCGGUGAACAAAGUUUCCACUUCUGCCCUGUAGAUUCUGUGUUGGAACAGAAGGUUUUCUUUCGGGCUGAUCUCGAGGAUUUGGAGUAGCCAACUUACCCUUAAGUUUCAAAAAAAUGUAGUAGUUUAUAAUUCAAAGUUGCAUAUUAUGUUCUCGGAGGAGAGUGCUGAGUGGGGAUGAGUAGCUGUAUUCACAACAGAAUAAUACUAGUAAUGUAGUAGUGGAAAUAAUACUCAAUGUGAGAUUAUUCAUGUUGAAACUUGAAACAAACACAAA